GCUGCCGCUUGGAUUUACUGUCCGGGAAACUGAGGUCUUUGGGGAAGCCUCCCCUGGCCAGGCUCCGACCCGACGUCAUGGCUCCGGGUGCCCCCGAAGCCUGGGAAGGCCCGUCCCGGCAGCCUCAGUGAGCCACGGCGGCCCCGGAGGGGCGCCUGGUGGAAAAUGAAGGUCCUGUUACUGAAAGACGCCAAGGAUGAUGACUCGGGCCUCGAUCCCUAUCUUCAGGAGUUGGGAUCGUGCGGAUUCGAAGCCACUCUGAUACCGGUUUUAGCCUUCGAGUUUUUGUCUCUGCCAAGUUUCUCUGAGAAGCUGUCUCAUCCGGAAGCUUAUGGGGGGCUCGUUUUCACCAGUCCCCGCGCAGUGGAAGCCCUGCAGUUGUCCCUAGAAAGGGCCGGCCAGCUGGAAGUCUGGAAAAAGUCUCUGAAAGAAAAAUGGCGCCUCAAGCCAGCGUACGUGGUCGGCCAAGCCACCGCGUCCCUUGUGAAAAAAGUUGGCCUGGCUGCCGAAGGAGAAAAAUGUGGCAAUGGCGAGAAACUCGCCGAGUACAUCUGUUCACGAGAAACGCCUGCGACUCUGCCCCUUCUCUUUCCUUGUGGGACCCUCAAAGGAGAAGUACUUCCCAAGACGCUCAAACAAAAAGGUAUUCUGCUGGAAAGCCUAACGGUCUACCAGAAGGUCCAACAUCCCAGGAUGCAGGACUCCUUGAAGAGCUACUUCUCCACGCAGGGUGUUCCAGCAGGCGUGACCUUCUUCAGCCCUUCGGGGCUCACCUACAGCCUCCCCCACAUUCAGGAGUUGUCGGGAGCCAGCUUUGACCGGAUCAAGUUUGCCGCCAUUGGUCCAACCACGGCCCGAGCCAUAGCCAGCGCGGGGAUCCCCGUGAGCUGCACGGCAGAGAAGCCCUGCCCCCAAGACCUGGCUGCCGGCCUCCAGAAAGCACUUCAGCCAUCAGGCCCGUCCAGCUCCUGAGCUCCCUAGGUCCGGGACCUUGGGUUUCAUCCUGUGCCAGCUGGAGUGCAGGCGCUCCUGCUCGGGGUCCGAUGGGCUCCCAGAGUUGGGGAGCGUCUGCCUGGUGAGGAGGGGAGGGAGAGGCUUCCAGGGCAUCUUCACGGCCCAGCUCAGGAAUGGACUGCACUGCUUCUGCCCCACUGAAUGCUGGGGACAGAGACACACAUGAAAUGCAGUAAAUACCUCAUUGGAAUGAAUUGUCAGCAAGCAUUUAUUAAUCCCCCUCCCAUCACCAUGUGAAGUGCUGGGAAGAGACAGAGUGAAGCACAGGGUCCGCCAUGUAGUAGGUGCUUAAUAAAUGCCUGCGGACUUGCUGAA